AUGAACAAGAGGAGACCAUCCCUGGAUGUAGACAUGGGACCGCGGCACAUACCCAUCGCCACCAGGAGCUACAUUGGCACCUCGUCGACUCACACGGCCGGUGGUGGGCCUGAAGCUCAGCCAGACGGGCUCCCUGGCUUACCCGUGCGCAUCUCAACCGCGAAAUUCGACGGCCUCGUUCUGAUUUUGAGGGCGUUCACGCACUCAUGGAACUACCGUUCGGCGGUCUUGUUCGGGCACGCAGCGAUCGUUGCGGAUGAGGCAGAAAAGCUAUGGGCGCUCAAGCUCAUCACCAACAAGCUUAUCCCAGGCCAAUGGGAUCAAGUGCGCAGUCCGCCAACCACUGCAGAGCUUGUGCAGACGCAGAUUUUGCGGGUGCGGGUCAAGAGUGGGAGUGUAAAGGUCCGCGCUGGACCGCCAGCGGACGACAGGGCCGACCUCGAAAACGCGCAUGUGCAGGCAAAGUGCUGGGCAGGCUACGUACCGGUGGUCGAGCACAUGCUACAGCCAAUUCAAAGCGCUUAUAUCAACAUUCGGGAGGUCCCAGAGCAUGUUAAGAGCCUCUAG